ACAACCGACAACAAUAAAUCGCUGAUCAGAAGUUUCACGGCGCAUUCAUUCGCGACAUACUCGCAGGACUGGAGUACCUUCACUCGUCGAGUAUCGGUAUCACGGAGCUCUCUCAACGUGGUCUUGUCUAAUAGACAGAAACUGGAUGAUCAAACUUACAGAUUACGGGAUAUCGGAUGCUCUAGAACGCUGGGAGAAACAACAAGCGAUUUCUGUGACAGAACUCGAAAACAGCGAGGACAAAUCUCAAGCGAAGCAAGCAAUAAGCGUACUGUAUAUGAAGCACCUGAGCUGUUAAAGAAUCGAGAAAAGAACCGUCUACGGAGAAUGGAUCAAGAGUGGAUGAAACAAUCGCAGGUUUUGAACAUGGAUCUAACCAGUCUCAUAUUAGAUUGUUGGAACACAAGUCCCGAAAUGAGACCCAGUGUGCGAAGAAUCAAGCUGAACGUAGAGACAUACCUGAAAGUGCGCGGAAGUCUCGUUGAUCAGAUGAUGCGCAUGAUGGAACAGUACGCGAACAAUCUCGAGAAACUCGUGCAGGAGCGAACUGGAAUGUUAGAAGAAGCAAACAUCAGAGCCGAUAAGCUACUAUGUCAGCUACUACCGGCGUGUGUUGCUAGUGAGCUCAAGCUGGGAAAAUCUGUCCCACCAAAGUCGUAUUCAUCAGCAACUAUACUUUUCAGUGAUAUUGUCGGCUUUACCGAAUUAUGCAAAACUGCCUCUCCAUUAGAGGUUGUAAAUGUUCUCAAUGGCGUCUUUGAUGGUUUCGAUCAGUUUAUUGCAAGAAGGGACGCAUAUAAGUACCUCACAGACUUCUGCGUUCCACACAAACCUGAUCAAAGGGUAGUUUGUCGUCUUGGAUUCCACACAGGCCAGUCGCAGCAGGCUGGUUGUCGGCGCAAUGCUCUCGCUGUGAAUAUGUCGUCUCGCAUGGAGAGCAACAGUGGACCCGGAAAGACGCAAAUUAGUGAAGCCGCCAAUAAACUUCUACUGCAACAUUAUCCAGAAUAUCAAACUGAAGAAAGGGGACAAAUAGCAGUAAAGGGGAAAGGAAUGUGCACAACGUACUGGCUUCACGGAGUGGAGAGGUCGUCAUCGAAUGCCUAUCUAGCGCCUAGUGCGCAGGACUGCGGCAACCUCGGUGGAUAUGUCGGUACGGGUGGUUCUGUAAACAGCUUGGGCACGAAGCUUCGAAAUCCAUCAGGGAGCGUGAUGUCAAAGUGA